UGGCACACCGGUCCGCUGUCUCACGGGUUUGGGUCAUGCGGGUUGGGGUGUUACAGUCCAAUUGCAGCAGCCAGCGCCGGUCAUCCCUGCCGUUCGACCACGCCGGCGUCGCGCAAGCCAGAGCCUCGCCGCCAUCAGUCGCUGCCCAGCGUCGCCUUCCCCAGCCGGUCGUCGCCGUCCUAUUGGAGCAGCCAGCCGCCGCCGUCGCCCUUCCCCAGCCGGUCGCCGCCGCUACUUCCUUCGCCAGUAGCCGCCGCCAUCAUCGCCGACGGGUGCAGCGCCGCCACGCCAAACGGAGGACGUCGCCAAACGCCGAAUGCCGCUGUUCCGCCUUCGUCGGUCGUCCGCCACCGUCGAUUGCUGCGCCGCCAGUCGCUGCUCAUCGCCGUCGAGCUGCCGCUCCGCCACUGUCGCUGGCGUCAAUUGGUUUAUUGUGUUGAACAUAGAAACUGGCCAUCGCUCGAGCGGCUGCAGGGCGUGGUCAGUGAGGUUAAGACGUGCGCACGAGGGUCUGCGAUCUUGGGUUUGAGGCCAUCGCCCGAGGGAUCCUACCUCCACCGAAUUGAGGCCAUCUUCGGUAUUACGGAUUGAGGCUAUCUCCGUCAUAGGCAAUAAAUGUUAAGUGGUUUGACUUUGGUGAAAGUCUAAAUUGGUUUGACCGGUGGUCAAAGAGUUAA